CGGAAAAACUUUUUCUGCCUUCUUUGUAUAGUCCCAUGUGAUCUGAUCAUGUCAGUUGCAAAACGAAGAGAGGGUUUAUUGAAAAUAGAACAGUCGUUUUACGUCAUAGUGAAACGUAAACAAACCUUCUCAGUGACGUCAUCGCGUGUACAUCUCUCGCACCCCAUAAUAUCUACCGGGGCGUCGAACGAACUCCGCAUCGCACGAAUAUUAGACAAAGUUCGGACCCAAUGUUCGGGCUCGUAUCGAACUUUUAACUUUUGACGUGGAAUUUUUGAGGAGAUUUCUUUUUCCGGCUUUUGGUUGCAUGUGGUCGCCAUCUUGACCAAACUGCGGCUUGAUGGCCGAAAAUACUUGCUGGUAGUUGCCAUUCCUCUGCCUGCUGCUGCAAAGAACCUAAAUAGAUAGAAUUCGCUGGGGGAAAUUACCUGUUUAGAGACUAAUGUUAUAAAAUUUUACUAAACGGCGAUUUAUAAACGCUAAGGUAUGGACGGUUCGGAAGAUAGGUUCGAAUGGGCGCUGAUGAAUACGAACCAAUUAAUUAGUUUGUAUAGACAACAUCCGUGCCUUUAUGAUAAAAAUCUGGCAGAAUAUAAAGAUAAAGUUCAGAAAAACCUGGCCUACCAAUAUAUUGGUAACAUUCUUGGAACAACAGCUGGGAAUGUGUUUCAAAAAAUACGGGGCCUUCGUACGCAAUAUGUACGAGAGAAAUCAAGAAUUGAAACUGCCGGCGUCAGCAACUGGAUUUAUUUUGAUUCUUUGAAUUUUUUGAAUCAGUUUUCAACUUUUAGGGCGAUCAAACCUUCAAUCAAAAGUUCGGUGAUGAAAAAUGUGUCCUCGCCCACCACCGAGGGCAGCGACGAGCCGUUGUUAGACUUUCAACAAACUAUCAUGGAUGGCCCAACACUCGAUGUCGCCACAUGCUCCAAACGAGCCGUACCAUGGUUGACCGACCAUGGUUGCCAAGCCAACCAACCACCGGGUGGGGACAAGAGAGUGAAUGAUUACGUUGCCCCGAUGGUUAAAGUAAGAAAAUUGAAUGAUGAUGUCACAAUUCAUGAUGAUGUCACAAUCCAUGAUGAUGUCACAACUAAAAAUACUGAUGUCAUCAAUCAACCGGAUGAUGUCACCACUCAUUCUAAUGAUGUCGCAAAGACUAUUAUGACAUCAGACACAGACAAAGUGUUUGGUGAAUACGUCACGAAUGAACUACAACAGAUAAACAACAUUCAUCUUAAACGGGUUAUUAAAAAUAAGAUCCAGAACCUGUUAUUCAUGGCCCAUUGCACUGUGGAUCCAGACACAGCUCAACAAUAUGAACUAUACAACAACCUCACAUGACUCAAUUUUAUUUUCCUCCUAAAUCAAGUUUUGAAAAUAAAACGUUUUAUUCUGCAACAAUUUAUUUUCUCUUCAUCUUUUUUCCUUUCUUUGCGUAAAUUUUAUGUUUCCCGAUGUUUUGAUCCGCAAGCUCCUCAGAGUCACUCGCAACCGCUCCCCUCUUCUUUGAUCCCCGCUCCUUCAUCUCCAACCUCGCCAAUCGUUGCGCUUCAGCAACUCGCUCUUGUAAA